CAUUAUUACCUUUUAUUCUGAAAUGGCGAUUAUAGGAGGCGGAAAUAACGCUACUUGAAGGACGCUAGUCAAAGUUGAAUUAAAGUUGCCGAGCGCUCGCAGCUAAAGCUAGUGAAGGAUGGGCAUCCUUCUCGAUUUAGAUGAACUCAAAAGGUCGUCCGAUGCAAGUAUACGACCCGCAAAGUGGUGAGCGAAACGCCUGGUAAAGGAUGUCAAAAACUGAGUGCAAAGCAGCCAAAGAGUUGACCCAGGCGAUGGACGAAACAAUGCAGCGGCUACGAGGAAGAUUCCAGGCCAUUACUGAACAUUUGGAACAACAAAUAGAUGAGAUGGGAACACGAAUCAGCUGUCUGGAGGAGAACGUGACAGAGCUCAUGACACAAGCCGGCAUGGAUGAGCAACCCGUUUCCGAAGUGGCUGACGUCUCUCCCCAAUAGAUUCCACAUCAGAGAUCAAAACUAUGGAUGCAGCCAAAUAAGUAUUACAUGCUAAGCAAUGAUGCACAUCUUCACUACCUCUAUGAAGCACUUGAAAUAUACCUAUUUUUUUGUAAGAGUUGAACCCAGUGUUAUUGUUAUUUGGUAGGAUGUUGAAACUGCUACCUUUUGACAUUUGAAAAAAUGCCUUUAUAUUGUUCCGUGAACAGUGAGCAACAACCACACUGUCACAAGUGGUAAUGAAAAGAAGUUUAGUCGUACUUUACCUCAAAAAGUGAAACUCGUAGUUGUAUUCAUGACACAAUCUUUAAAAAAAAAAUCUGUAUCGUUUUUAGUUCUAUUUGAGCUACCUCAAACAAUUUGAAUAAAACACAAUCAAAAUGACUCUUACAAAACAAAUUGGGCAGUAAUUGGCCUUCUAUUUUCCAAUGUGUGUCACGAAUUUGAAUGAGUUUCACCUUUUGAAUGAGGCUACUGACAUCAAGUCUACCAUCAUCUAAUUCAUUGAGAUCAAAGAUCCAGCUCUAUUCUAUAUCUGGAAUGAAACGGUAAAAGAAGAAAAACUCUUCAUCGUCAGAGAUGAAGAAAUAGUAAAUUAUAAAAUAAGUCUAUGCAAGUUAAAUAUAUACAUAUAUAUAUAUAUUUGAAUAUUUAUUUUUUUCGAAAAUGACAUCCUUUCAUGACGUUUUACCAAACUGCCAAGAUGUACAAAUAAAUUUGCAUUGAAAUACUG